CUAGCUUUUUCCUCACUCGUGAAAAAAAUUCGACCCGGACCCGUGUGCGUGCCCAUUUCUCCGUGGCAUUUCGCUAAUUUCCGUGCAAGAAAAGGCGAUUUUUCUCGUGUUUCCCGUGUGUUGUAACGUGCAUUAAAACACUCAGUGCAUAAUAAUGGCCCCACCAUCGUACUCCGACCUCGGCAAACAGGCCCGCGAUGUCUUCAACAAAGGCUACCACUUCGGACUGUGGAAGCUGGACGUGAAGACCAAGACCAACUCGGGCGUGGAGUUCAGCACGAGCGGCCACUCGAACCAGGACACCGGCAAGGUGUUCGGUUCGCUCGAGACCAAGUACAAAGUGAAGGAGUACGGUCUGAACUUCUCGGAGAAGUGGAACACAGACAACACGCUCACGUCGGAGGUGUCGGUUGAGAACCAGCUGGUCAAGGGGCUGAAGGUCUCGUUCGAUGGCAUGUUCGUGCCGCAUACCGGGUACGUGCUGCCGCGCCGUCCACUGUUCGGUUACGCCGUGUCGUACAAGUACCGGCGCAAGCAAUCGGCGGCCAAUGGCGAAGACCCACGGAACGGAAGAAGUAACGGUGCUAACGAUUUCACUUUGUCCUACAGAAGCAAAACCGGCCGUUUCAAGACUGCCUACUCGCACGACCGCGUGCGCGUCGAUGCGGACUUCAACGUUGACCUGAGCGGACCGCUGGUCAAUGCGUCCGGUGUCGCUAACUACCAGGGCUGGUUGGCCGGUUACCAGGUUGCAUUUGACUCGCAGAAGUCGAAAAUCACCGCCAACAACUUCGCUCUCGGCUACUCCGCCGGCGACUUUGUUCUGCACACCAACGUUAAUGAUGGCCGUGAGUUCGGUGGUCUGAUCUACCAGCGGUGCAACGAUCGUCUGGAGACGGCCGUUCAGCUGUCCUGGGCUUCGGGCUCGAAUGCCACGAAGUUCGGCAUGGCCGCCAAGUACGACUUGGACAAGGAUGCUUGCGUCCGUGCCAAGGUCAACAACCAGAGCCAGAUCGGUCUCGGCUACCAGCAGAAGCUGCGUGAUGGUAUUACUCUGACAUUGUCCACGCUCGUUGAUGGCAAGAACUUCAACGCUGGCGGCCACAAGAUUGGCGUCGCCCUAGAGCUGGAGGCUUAAGCGUGCGCGUGCUCUACUCGAGUGUGUGCCGUUUUUGUGUUCUUGCGCCCUUUUCCUCCCCCGUUAGCCCCGUGCGCAAAACCAGGUGUUGCGGAUACGACGACGAUGGGGCCAUUGCAUUGCAUUGGGUGUAGUUGCAAAGUGUUUUAAGAAAUAUUAAACGAUCGAGGGAAUCCUUACCACAUAUACCUAUUACUAGUAAUGCUACAGUUUAAAUAAAUUGAGAACUGCGGAAAUCCUAACCCAUAAAACCAGCCGGCAAUGGUAAACCAAGCACACACCUACAUAAACAAACAGCAAACGGUAACAAGAGAAGUACGGAUAUCCCCUUCCACGGAGAAACGCUUUCCGGUUCUGUGCGGUAACAUUCGGUGCUGAUCGUGAAGCGCAUCGUCUCAACUCUUGCAAUGUACCAAAUGCGAUCGAAAUCUAAAAAGACAGUACACGGCAAAUAGUAUAAUUGGCAAUAGUUUCAAUCGACUGAAAGAAUGCGGUGGUCACCGUCUACUCCGUGGAGAGUUACUAAAAGGCUUUCAGUUCUCAAACACAACUACAGCUAUCGAAAAACACCACACUCCAUAAACACACAGCUCAGCUUAAGGACGUAAUUGUGUACCAUCACUAACACGAAGCUGCCGAAAUAGACACUCAAAGAAAAAGAAUAAAGUAAUUAUCGUUAGUCCUAGCCCAUAAACAUCGAUUCUGACGCCGAUCGUUUGAGGGAAGUGGAAUAAACGCGCUGGCUAAAAACUGUA